AUGGUCGACUGCGGUUACGGAAGGGACGGCGUGGACCCUGAGGACCCAGCCACGGUAGGUCUGGCUCGUCGAUUGGCUGCCGAUCCGUCCAAGGCGCGCCUGGCUGGUUUGUACACGCAUGGCGGGCAUUCCUACGACCAAGAGGGCUCCGAAGUGGUCUUGCAGGUUCGGCGAGUGGCGGCUGCUGAGGCCCGUGCCGUAGCUGGGUUAGCCCGCCGUCUUCGCGAAGUUGGUUUGGAGGUGCCGACCGUUGGCGUGGGAUCCACGCCGACGUGCUCAAAUCCACCUGAUGCGCUGCCGGACGUCAACGAGAUGCAUCCUGGCAAUUACAUCUACUACGACACCAUGCAGCAGGCUCUCGGCUCCUGCGCUGAGGAGGACAUUGCGGUGAGGGUGCUGACGCGUGUGAUUGGUGCUUAUCCGAAGAAGAAUCUUCUUCUCGUUGACAUGGGAUGGACCGCUUGCUCUAAGCAGGGACAGGCCAUGAAUUACGGCCGACUUGAGGGUCAUGCCGAGCUCAAGGUGGUGGACUUGAAACAGGAG